AUGUCUUUUUGAUCUGAAAAAUAUACAAGACUUCUUCUGUAUCAUGUAAAUAUAGCACUAAAAAAUAUACAUGGACCGUUGACUUUUCAGGAUGUGACCAUAGAAUUCUCUCUGGAGGAGUGGCAAUGCCUGGACACGGCUCAGCAGACUUUAUAUAGAGAUGUUAUGUUAGAGAACUACAGAAACCUGGUCUUCCUGGGUAUUGCUGUCUCUAAGCUAGACUUGAUAGCUUGUCUGAAGCAAGGGAAAGAGCCUUGGAAUAUGAAGAGACAUGAGAUGGUAACUAAACCCCCAGUUAUGCGUUCUCAUUUUACACAAGACCUUUGGCCAGAUCAGAGCAUGAAAGAUUGUUUCCAAGAAGUAAUACUGAGAACAUAUACAAGAUGUGGACAUAAGAAUUUACAAUUAAGAAAAGAUUGUAAAAGUGCCAAUGAGUGUAAGAUGCACGAAGAAGGUUAUAAUAAACUUAACCAUUGUAGGACAACUACCCAGAGAAAAAUAUUUCAGUGUAACAAAUACAUGAAAGUCGUUCAUAAAUAUUCAAACACAAAUAGAAAUAAGGUUAGACACACUAAAAAGAAAACUUUCAAGUGUAUAAAAUGUAGCAAAUCAUUUCUCAUGAUUUCACACUUAAUUCAACAUAAGAGAAUUCAUACUAAAGAGAAUAUCUACAAAUGUGAAGAACGUGGCAAAGCCUUUAAAUGGUUCUCAACCUUUAUUAAACAUAAGAUAAUUCAUACUGCAGACAGACCCUACAAAUGUAAGAAAUGUGGCAAAGCCUUUAACUUCUCUUCAGCGUUCACUAAACAUAAGAUAAUUCAUACUGGAGAGACAUACUUCAGAUGUGAAGAAUGUGGCAAACCUUUUAACCAGUCCUCAAAUCUUACUGACCAUAAGAGAAUUCAUACUGGAGAGAAAACCUACAAAUGUGAAGAAUGUAGCAGAGCUUUUAAGGGGUCCUCAAAUUUUAAUGAAUGUAAGAUAAUUCAUACUGCAGAGAAACCCUACAAAUGUGAAGAUUGUGGCAAAACUUUUAACCAUUUCUCAGCCCUUAGAAAACAUGAGAAAAUUCAUACUGGAGAGAAACCCUACAAAUGUGAAGAAUGUGGUAAAGCUUUUAAGUGGACCUCAAAACUUACUAUACAUAUGGUAGUUCAUACUGGAGAGAAACCCUGCAAAUGUGAAGAAUGUGGCAAAGCUUUUAGCCAGUCCUCAACGCUUAAAAAACAUAAGAUAAUUCACACUGGAAAGAAACCCUACAAAUGUGAAGAAUGUGGCAAAGCUUUUAACAGUUCCUCAACCUUUAUGAAGCAUAAGAUAAUUCAUACUGGGAAGAAACCAUACAAAUGUGAAGAAUGUGGCAAAGCUUUUAGGCAAUCCUCACACCUUACUAGACAUAAAGCAAUUCAUCCUGGGGAGAAACCCUACAAAUGUGAAGAAUGUGGCAAAGCUUUUAACCAUUUCUCAACCCUUAGAAGACAUAAGAUAAUUCACACUGGAAAGAAACCCUACAAAUGUGAAGAAUGUGGCAAAGCUUUUAAGUGGACCUCAAAACUUACUAUACAUAUGGUAGUUCAUACUGGAGAGAAACCCUGCAAAUGUGAAGAAUGUGGCAAAGCUUUUAGCCAGUCCUCAACGCUUAAAAAACAUAAGAUAAUUCACACUGGAAAGAAACCCUACAAAUGUGAAGAAUGUGGCAAAGGUUUUAGCCAGUCCUCAACCCUUAUGAAACAUAAGAUAAUUCAUACUGGUAGGAAACCAUACAAAUGUGAAGAAUGUGGCAAAGCUUUUAGGCAAUCCUCACACCUUACUAGACAUAAAGCAAUUCAUACUGGGGAGAAACCCUACAAAUGUGAAGAAUGUGGCAAAGCUUUUAACCAUUUCUCAACCCUUAGAAGACAUAAGAUAAUUCACACUGGAAAGAAACCCUACAAAUGUGAAGAAUGUGGCAAAGCUUUCAGCCAGUCCUCAACCCUUAGAAAACAUGUGAUAAUUCAUACUGGAGAGAAACCCUACAAAUGUGAAGAAUGUGGUAAAGCUUUUAAGUGGUCCUCAAAACUUACUUUACAUAAGGUAAUUCAUACUGGAGAGAAACCCUGCAAAUGUGAAGAAUGUGGCAAAGCUUUUAAGCAAUUCCCAGCCCUCAGAAAACAUAAGGUAAUUCAUACUAGGGAGAAAUUGUACAAAUGUGAAGAAUGUGGCAAAGCUUUUAACAAUUUUUCCACCGUUAUGAAACAUAAGAUCAUUCAUACUGGGGAAAAACCCUACAAAUGUGAAGAAUGUGGUAAAGCUUUUAGCCAGUCCUCAACCCUUAGAAAACAUAAAGUAAUUCAUACUGGGGAGAAACCCUACAAAUGUGAAGAGUGUGGCAAAGAUUUUAACAAUCCCUCAACCCUUAAGACACAUAAGCUAAUUCAUACUAGGGAGAAAUUGUACAAAUGUGAAGAAUGUGGUAAAGCUUUUAACAAUUUCUCAGCCCUUCUGAAACAUAAAAUAAUUCAUACCGGGGAGAAACCCUACAAAUGUGAAGAAUGUGGUAAAGCUUUUAAGUGGUCCUCAAAACUUACUGAACAUAAAGUAAUUCAUACUGGUGAGAAACUCUGCAAAUGUGAAGAAUGUGGUAAAGCUUUUAAGCAUUUUUCAGCCCUUAGAAAACAUAAGAUAAUUCAUACUGGAAAGAAACCCUACAAAUGUGAAGAAUGUGGCAAAGCUUUUAACAAUUCCUCAACCCUUAGGAAACAUAAGAUAAUUCAUACUGGAGAGAAACCCUACAAAUGUGAAGAAUGUGGCAAAGCUUUUAACAAUUCCUCAAACUUUAUGAAACAUAAGAUAAUUCAUACUGGGGAGAAACCCUACAAAUGUGAAGAAUGUGGCAAAGCUUUUAACAAUUCCUCAACCCUUAUGAGACAUAAGAUAAUUCAUACUGGGGAGAAACCCUACAAAUGUGAAGAAUGUGGCAAAGCUUUUAACAAUUCCUCAACCCUUAUGAGACAUAAGAUAAUUCAUAAGAUAAUUCAUACUGGGGAGAAACCCUACAAAUGUGAAGAAUGUGGCAAAGCUUUUAACAAUCUCUCAACCCUUAGGAGACAUAAGAGAAUUCAUACUGGCAAGAAACCCUACAAAUGUGAAGAAUGUGGCAAAGCUUUUAACAAUUUCUCAACCCUUACUAAACAAAACAAUUCAUACUGGAGAGAAACACUACAAAUGUGA